GAAUACAAUACCAACGUAAGCUGCUCAGCAAUAGGCAGUCUUGUAUACCGCAUCUUCUAGGAUAUGCCAGGCGAACUUGCUUUCAAAUCUGGGGCAGACUUGGGCGCAGUGCGCGCCGCGCUGCCCCUCGACCAUCUGGUGCCCUAUCUGGAGAAGAAUAUUGAGGCGUUCAAGGGCCCUGUUGAAGUCAAACAAUUCAAUUUUGGCCAGUCAAACCCGACCUUUCUCAUAACCCCAUCUUUGCCAUCUCAUCCUUUCGUUCUCAGGCGAGCGCCUAGUGGCAAACUUCUCUCUUCAACUGCUCACCGUGUUGAUCGAGAGUAUACCAUUCUCGCGGCUCUGAAUCGCUAUAACUCCGUUGUCUCUCCCGCGCACGUUGUACCAGUUCCUAAAGUGUACUGCUUAUGUGAGGACAAACAGGUGGUGGGAGCUGCAUUCUAUGUCAUGGAGUAUGUGCAGGGUAGAAUCUUCACCGACGUACGGAUGAAGAAUUUAGGCCAAGAAGAGCGAUGGUCUUGCUGGAGAUCUGCCAUCGACACUUUAACUCGUCUUUCAACAAUUCCUCUAUCAGCCUUGCAAUUACCCCCUUCAUUCGCCCCUUCAUCUUCUCAAAAACCAUACUUUCCUCGCCAAGUCAAGUCUCUUCUCAGGGUAUCAGACGUUCAAAGCGAAGCCCGUUCGGAACAAACGGGCGAACAGCUUGGGCAUAUAUGGGGAACGAGAGAAAUGAGACCAUGGUUUGAAAAAGGUGCGAAUUUGAUUGCUGCACAAGAAAGCCGGUCUGGAAUAGACAGUGUGGUACACGGAGAUUUCAAAAUCGAUAAUCUAAUUUUUCAUCCUUCAGAGUCGCGAGUCAUAGGCAUACUUGACUGGGAGCUAUGCACCCUUGGGUCCCCUCUGGCUGAUUUGGGUAAUGUCCUACUUCCAUUCUCUUUUCCUCCCAUUUCUCCAGAGCAGCGUCAAGCUCUCUCAUCCAAGCUAGAUGGUAAAGAUAAGGAAGAUUUGAAUCUUCUGCUUGGACUUAAAGGUGUCAGCAGCGAGGAGACUGGAAUACCACAAAGAGAGGAGCUUGAAAAGUGGUGGGUAGAUGGUAUGAUUAGAGGAUCUGAGUAUCACAAAAAUAGGCAAGCUGUUUGGAAGUGGCCUAUCUCUGGGAUGGAGUGGGUACGCUCGUGGAUGCUGUUCCGCCUUGCCAUUAUCGCCCAAGGAAUUGCUGCCCGUGCGAUGUUGGGGCAGGCAAGUUCGGCAGACGCGAGAGCGGAUAGUCGACCAGUCUUCGACUUUUAUGGUAAAGCUGCAUGGAACAUAAAGAACGAAGUGGACGAUGAUGUUGUAAAAGCAAAGCUGUAGCGUCUAUUAGAAAUAAACAGUUCAUUGUCUGUAAUGUUAAUGAUGCAUGCAUUGCUCC